CGCGUUUUAUUCGAGCUAAACUGGAGGGAUCUGUGUGCAGUCAGUGCUGAAUGACCAAGCUAGCAGGCUAACAACAGAGUGGACAUCAUUUAUUUGGAACUAAACGUGCUGCUCUUCACAAACAACUUAACAACUCUGAGAUUGUGCUGCAACCACCAGUGGCUCUUAAAAUGGAUUUAGAAGACGACACUACAGUGUUAACAACCUUGAAGUCCUUCAAUUCCUUCAUCAGCCACUCAGAACACCCACAGAGUAUGUCCGAUCACUCCGCAGGAAAUGGAAAUCUGCAGAGUCAGUACAAACGCAGCAUGGAGUUUUUGGGAGCUGCAGAGAGGGUUCAGUCAAAGACUCGCUACCUUCAGUUGGAUCAGGAGAAGAGGCAGAUGGAGCUUAGUCACAAGCGAGCCAGAUUUGAACUUGAGAGGGCUGCCUCCGACAGCGCACGAAAUUUGGAGCACGAGGUUGACCGUAACCAGGACCUCUUGGGACAAAUAAAAAAGUUAGGUGAAAGAGAGGCUGAGGCAGCGAAGAACCUAUCGGUACAAGUCGAUGCAAAUCAUGCUCUGCGUAAGAAUCUGGAGGGCCUGAACAAGAAACUGGAGGAGAGAGAUUUUAAAUUGAAUUCUGCUAACCAGACCAUAACUUCUUUAAGGGAUGAGAUCAGAGAGCAGAAACAGAAGAUUCAAAGUAAGGACUCAGCAAUUUCAGCUCAAAUCCUGGAAAACCAGGAGCUGCAGGAACAGCUAGAUUUACAACACAGGAAAUAUCAGGAAAUCUCUCAGCUCUGUCAAAGUCUCCAAGCUACAGAGUCGUCCUGCUCCGAACACAUCAUCAAGAUUAAGGAGUUGGAGAGACGUCUUGUCUUCCAGGAGCAAGACAUUGCAAUUGUGAAGACUAUCAAGUUGGAGGCGGCCAAGGUUCCAGAUCUGGAGAAGGAGCUGAAGCACCUCAGAGAUGAUAACGCCUUUCUCAGGGAGAGCAGAGAAAAUUGCAGCCUGCUGAAAGAGGAGGUAGAGGGGCUGAGGAGGAAGCUGGAGAGGAUGGAGAAAACCAGAGAAGAGCUGGUCAAUAUGGAACUGGAGAAAGAGCGACUUGUUGAGAAGCUUCAAGCCUGGGAAAACCUGCAGCAAUCUACUGGACUCAACAUAAGAAAACCAGACGAUCUGUCCAGGGAGGUGAUUCAGAUCCAACAGAGAGAAAUUGCUCUGAAAGAGCAGAACUACACACUCAACAGCCGUGUAAGGAGUGUGGAGUGCUCGCAGGCUGAGCUCCGCACAGAGCUUUCCCAGCAGCGCAGCAAGACUCUGGAGGAGCAGAAAAAGAGGGAGACACAAGACGCUCUCGUCCGACGACUGCAGAAGAGAAUACUGUUACUAACAAAGGAGCGUGAUGGGAUGCGGGCGAUACUAGAGUCUUAUGACAGCGAGUUGGCCCCCACCGAGUAUUCACCUCAACUCAGCAAACGGCUCAAAGAGGCCGAGGAAAUGCUGCAAAAGACGCAAAAUCACAAUGCGGAGAUGGAGGUCCAGCUCUCUAAAGCACAAGAAGAGACGGGGACACUCAAACUGCAGCUGCAAGCGGUGGAGUUAGAGCUGGAGUCUGUAAAGAAGCAGCAGGCCUCUGCAGGUGACCGCAGCUCUUUACUGACCAAAGAGGAGGUCAGCAUACUCAGACAAAAAAUUGAAGAUUUAGAGGCAGAGCGGCAACGUAUGGAGGAGCAGAACAACAUUCUGGAGAUGAGACUGGAGAGACACAACCUGCAGGGAGACUAUGAUCCAGUCAAAACCAGAGUUCUUCACCUCAAAAUGAACCCCACAACUGUUGCCAAGCAACAGCGCCAGCAGGAAGUGGAGGCUCUUCAGGAGGAAGUGACACUUCUCAGGGAUCUUGUGCGCUCCUUGCGGGAUGGAGGCGCUAUGGGUCAUUCUCAAGACGAAUCCAGUCUGCACAGCUCCAGCCUUGGCCUCAGUUUGCCGCCAUCAAAGGAGGUGCUGGAAUUACGUAAGCAGAUGGAGAGAUCUGAACUUAGGAACCAGAGGCUGAAAGAGGUGUUUCAGAAGAAAAUCCAGGAGUUUCGCACAGUUUGCUACGUGCUGACGGGAUAUCAGAUAGAUAUCACCACCGAGAGCCAAUACAGACUCACCUCAGUUUAUGCAGAGCACAUGGACGACACCUUGCUCUUCAAAAAGGGCUCUAAUGGAAGCAUGCAGCUCAUGGAAACUGAGUUCUCCAAAACUCUGGGUGAGAUGGUGGCCCUUCAUCUGCAUCACCAGAAGAGCAUCCCAGCGUUCCUCUCUGCAGUGACCCUCGACCUCUUCAGCAGGCAAACCACAAUCUGAAGUAACCUGACACUGUCUCAGACAUGGGGCUACAACAUCUAAGAGUGGGAUUAGUUUAGAUGUUUCGGAUUUUGUCUGCCCUCAUUUGCGUUUCCUUUUUUCUUUCUAUCCUAUAAUAUUUUCAAAGUGUAUAUUUUUUAGCGUAGUCAGUGAUUUGUCUUGAAAGAUGAGCACCUUGUUUGAUCAAAUUCUGCCAUCUUUCAUUCAAAAGGAAAGCAAUUUGGUUUCACUUUGCGUGCCCGGUGUAAUUCAUCGAUGAAUCUCGGAGAAAUAACGUUUUCUCCUCACAGGACAAAGCUGUUAAGGUGAAACACAGAGAAAGUCACUGACAUUUAGAUGUGGAGCUCGUGUUUAUGAAAGGAAUUGGACAUAUCCCAAAAAAGUUUGAACACAAACAGUGGGUAAAGUAAAAGAAACAUUUGUGUGGUCUACUGAAUCUGCAGUAGCUGUGUCUUGCAUGGCCUUUACCAAAGCAAAGUCAUUUUUCCAUUAAAAUGUCUGUUUUAGUUUAUGCCAUAGAUACAAUGUCUUACUUGUCUCUCUUCCUGUAGAAAAGCAAUAAGGUAGAAUUUGAAGCAUUUAAAAGCAAAGUAGAUUAAUGCCAUGCUUUAAUUCCCCAAACCACAUCUCUACUCUACUGCUCGGAAGUUUGAGAAAAAUAAUCACCACAUUUCAAAGUUCAGUGUGAGAGUUGGAAAAGGCUGAGCCAUGGACGUUUGUAAUCAUGUCAUUUGUUGGCUCGUCUCUAAUGUCUCACUUUAAAGCAAAAUGGAAAUAAUGAGACGUGUGCUGCCUUUCAACUGUAUUACAGUGAGAUCAGCACAACACAUCACUCUCCUGUCUUCUCAGUGACUCAAGUGAGGUGAUAGAGUUACUGUGAAUAAAAGGAAACAUGUUAAUCUUACAGCACAAUGUCAGUGUAGGAUAAGGUUAUGUGGGCUGACAAAUUGUUAUUUCCUAUUUAGGAAAUGAGGGCAGAGAGAGAAAGGAGUAAGACAUGCAGUUAAGGUUACCCAGCUGCAGGUUAAGUGUAUCUCAAACCAUUCUGCCACUGUUCUUUCCAGCUCUAAUUUUUUUUUAACUAGAUUUUUUAAACACUGAUAUAUUCAUCAUAGCAUAUGUAUAUAUUUAUUCCUCCGCCGCUCAUUGGCCUCAUAAGAAUGGUAGUAGAUGUGUCAGGAAGUAGAGGCAGGAAAACUCCAGGGAGGCUUUAAUGUUUCAGUUCAAAUAUUCAUUAAAAAUGUUAGAAAUUGACAGACGAUGCAUCUGUGACACAGAUUGUCUUUGGAUAUGAAUUUCAUUGUGACAAACUAUGAAUAAUUCCUCUUUGGAAUUUAGUUAAUGACCGCGCCUGUGUAUAUUUGUGCGAGUACAAGCAUGAGACAAGUCGAGGGAAAUUUCUUGGCAGCAAUAAAGAGAAAUGGCAGAAAUAAACAUGGGGUGAAGAGGGAAGCAAGGGAGCAAUCCAAUAAAACUGAGAAACGAAAGGAAGUGAACUGAGAAUAAAGUCACUUAUCAUAGCAACAAUAUAAGAGCUGCAGCUGGUGCUGCCUUAUGUCUCAUGAGAAAACAUAUUCUUCUGUACAGUACAUGUCACAAACUGUACCUUUUCAUCUUUUAUCUCAUACCUAUUCUCCACGCAGCACAUGGACUGCACACCUGACAGCUCUCACCCCGGUGUCAUAGUUUAGAGGGAUUCAGAUCUGUGGUGCAUGACAUACAUUAGUGACGUACAUAAUGUUUUUCCUCAGUAGUGUGAGAUACACUUUGGCUUCAUAUUUUCCUCCCCAUGACAUUGCUGUAUCCUUUUUUUUUGUUUUGAAGUUAAAAUGAAAGUGGUAAUAAAUAAAGAAUUUGUUUGACUGGCUGUCAUAAAACUGA